CACAGCCGGGCAUGGGUCUACCCGAGGCAGGUGACACGCGGGGAGGUGGCGGGUGACCAGGACGUGUUGCUGAGAAGUGUGGAAAGCCAGAAGUCUCUUGGUCACAGACACGAGGGUCACAAGGCGGCCCUCUCCCACUCCCAAGGGUACACAGACCAGCCAGAGAGGGACUCCCUGGAUGGGCGCCUCCCAGGAUCCUCCCACGGGGGCACAGGGAACCCCCCACCGCCCCCUGCCCCCCCAUCACCGCCCCCCCCGACAACAGGCUUCAGCAAGGGACCUAACGCUAAAAGUAAGAAGCACAAGAAAUUGAAGCCUGACCGCGACUCCUCCCCCUCCCCCCCAGGCCCCUCCACCCCCUCCUCCAAGAAAGGGGAGAAGGGGGACAAGGGGAGGGGGGAGAGGGAGAUGGAGGAGGGGGGAGGAUUCCGACCCAAGACACAGCCCUACACCUACCUGUGGGUGGUGCUGUCGGGGCUGUACGGCAAGGUGGUGGUGUUGCUGAUGCUGGCUUUCACGCUGACGGAGGCCCUACAUAACCAGGUGCUGCCCUUCACGUUCCAGGGGAUCUUCUUAAUGUACCUGUACGUGGGGUCGAUCCUGGCUAUUCUCUGCAUCUACGUGACAGUGAUCAUCGACAACUGCCCAUCAGUGAGUGCCAGCAAGGAGAACCUCACUAGACAGGACGACGCUGAAGUGGGCUCCAUCACAUCCUUCGGGACACUCAAAAGAGCUCACAUUUCACGUUCAAAGACUUCACGCACCUCUUUUUACCUCCGUGUGGGGGCGCUAGUGUUCGGCCUAGGCACACUCAUUUUCAACGGGCUGGAGAUCGCCAUGCACUCCACCCUGCAGAGCGAGUGUGUGAAGGACGUUGUGUUCGCUCAUCCCAUCCUGCAGGCGCUCUUCACGUUCCUGCAGAUGCACUUCCUCUUCGUCAACUCUGAGGUGAUAGUGGAGCGGUUCGGGCAGGUGGCGCGGUUCGGCUUCAUGCACCUGGUGGCGACUAACCUGGCGGUGUGGGUGCGAGCCGUGGUGUGGGACGCGGCCACCGUGUGGAUGCUCAACACCUACGGCGACGGCAAGGACCACGAGGUUCCCCCCCAGGCAGAGCAGGUGAUCAAGAUGCACCACUGCUUCCAGAAUAACUCACUGGGCAGGCUGUGGACAGACGCACAGCCUUACCUCUUCCCCUUCCUCGUGCAGUACAGCCUGAUCGCGGCGGCAGUGACCUACGUAAUGUGGUGCAACGUGGGCAAGGAGAGGCUGAAGAAACUGACGCAGAACAAGCCAGAGAUGGAAGACUCGACCACGCUGGACAAACGAGGAGUGAGGAAAGGUUACUGGAAGGUGGACUGCAGGUCAGCCUCCAAGGGGCUAUUCCUGGGCCUGCUGUGUUUGGUGGGAGGCACAGUCAUUCUUAUAAUAUUUUUUGUCAUGAAAGACCAAGAGGCAUUUAGACAACGUUUGUUCUGGCUCACCACCUCCACACACACCCUCCUGCUGUCCCUGUCCAUACUGGUGACUGUAAUAGGGUUCCUGCAGGUGCCCAAGCUGUCUUUAUCGACGUCCUCACGCCCCUUAGACCUGGACAAACUCCUUCUGUCAGCCACUAUAAUGGGUGUAUAUAUAUUCGCUAUUUUUGGAAUGAUUGUUGGCGGUAUAAGCUACCAGGUGCCAGAAUAUUUGGCCACCUUCUGUCUCCACCUCUUGCUGCUUGUACAGGUGUCCCUUCAAGAUAUGCUAGUAGCGGAGGCCUCGAGACGUACGUGCACUAGUCGCUAUCAGAUGGUGACCAAGCCGGGGAGACAAGUAAUAACUUUCCUCCUCUUCUCGAACAUCACGCUCUGGGGUCUUGACACGUUCAUGACACACUCAACUGUCUCUCAGGAGUUCCAGUUUGGCUUCUACGGUUUGUUAGCUUGGGGUGUUCUGUCCAGGGUGUCUUUACCCCUUCUGAUUCUAUAUAGAUUUUAUUCAGGGGUGAUUCUAGUGGAAAUUUGGAAGAAUACUUAUAGAACAAAGGCUGAUUAGUGUGUCUCUGUUUGUGUGUGUGUGUUUGUGUGUUUGUGUGUGUGAUUUGGUGAGGGUAUUUUUUUUUUUGGUUUGUGUUUGUUUUGUGUUCGUUUUGUGUUUGUUUGUUUGUUUGUUUGUUUGUUUGUUUGUCUACCUCGUUCUGUUUGAUUUCCUUUUUUUUUUGUUUCUCUGUUUUUUUUUCUUCUUCCUUCUCUUUCUUUUCUUGUUUCUUUUAAUGAUUAUUACUCUUCUCUUUCUUCCUCCUCUUCUUCCUUCUUCUUAGUUGAUUAUUCCUCUUCCUUAUUCUUCUCUUCUUCUUUUUAAGAUAAUUACUCCUCCUCCUCCUCCUCCUCUUCUUCUUCCUUCUUCAAAGACAGUAAUUCCUCCUCCUCCUCUUUCUCUUUCUCUCUCUCCCCUUUCCUCCUUCCUCCCACACCCUUUCUCCUCUUCUUCCUCCUCUUCCUCCACAAUAAUCAACUUCUCUUCUCCCUGUCUCCUCUUCCUCCUCCUCCUCCUCCUCCUCCUUGUACUUCCUUUGUCUCUCUUCUUCUCCUCAUCUUUCUUAUCUUCUUCCUCUUCCUCUUCUUCUCUCUAUAUCGACAAGAGGAAGAAGAGGAAGAAAGUUAUUAUUAUUAUUAUUAUUAUUAUUAUUAUUAUUAUUAUUAUUAUUAUUGUUGUUGUUGUUGUUGUUAAUGUUAUUGUAUUUGUAAGUAGCACAGGGAUUUAAGUAUAAGUCUUCGCACGAAUGUAAAGUAACUUAUAAUAUUAAGAAAAAAAAAGAAAAAAAAAGAAAAAAAAUAUAUUAGUUUUAGUUUCUCAAUAAUUUUGUUGCUCAAAAAUAAAAAUAAAAAGUAAAAAAAAAUAUAUAUAUUAAAUAAGUCAGAGAUCUAGAGUGUAUGUAUGUAUUUAUGUACUCGUAUGUGUGUGUGUGUGUGUGUGUGUGUGUGUGUGUGUGUGUGUGUGUGUGUGUGUGUGUGUGUGUGAAGCAGGGCUGUGUAUGGGAGGCCCUGUGCUUCUUACUGUUGUUUUUGUUGUUGUUGUUGUUAAUUUCUGUCUUGUUCUUGUUAAUAAAGAUAAUGUAAUGGAAGCUAA